GUGUUGUGAAAACAUAAUUGGUUGAAUUUUUGCGGGAAACUAGAAAAGUUAUGUCCACUACAUUUAGGCCUACAGUCCUGAAGUGAGAAAUCUCGACUGUCAGACUGUAAGACAUCUGUAGAUUAUAUAAGAAUAUUCCCCAUCAUGGUUAUGAAGAAGCUGCUCACCCUUGUAAUGGUAACCAGACCAAAUCAGGUUCUACUGGGAAUGAAGAAAAGGGGAUUUGGUGAAGGCAAAUGGAAUGGCUUUGGAGGCAAGGUUGAAAAAGGGGAAACCAUUUUCGAAGCUGCACAAAGGGAACUGUUAGAAGAAUCAAGUCUAAAAUCAGACAGUUUGAAAGAAAUUGGACGAAUUGAUUUUGAAUUUGUUGGUGAUCCUCAAAUAUUAGAGGUUCAUAUUUUCACCACUUCACAAUUUGAAGGAGAACCAACAGAAAGUUCAGAGAUGCGUCCCCAGUGGUUCAAUGUCACAGACAUUCCCUUUGAUACAAUGUGGCAAGAUGACCAGCUCUGGUUUCCUCUUUUACUCAGUGGGACAAAAUUCCGUGGAUACUUCUUGUUUGAAGGACAUGACAAAAUCCUGAAAUACACACUGGACAAAGUGGACCAAUUGCCAGCUUGACAUUCGGGAAAAACCAAUAUCUUUCAAGAUUUGAUAUGUCAGUACUUAUGAUCAUUUGCUCAAAUUUUAUUUUUAAUGCACAACUUCUUUUGACAUUGAUAAUUUGAUUUUUGAACAUAGUUAACGUUUGUUUCAAUUUUUGUUUCUUUUUAAGUAAUUUGACGAAAUGGUGCAAUGUCUGCCAACAGCAAUAUACCAUGUACAGAAAUGUUAUAUUAUGGAGAAGCUCCAUUCACUGUGACAUGUUUUAAAUUUUUCUUCAUCCAUCAUCUUGUUAGAAUGAUAUCAAGCAAUAUGAUUCUGUUCAGAAAGUUCUUGUUUGUGGUCAGUGUAUGAUUGUCAUGUAUCAGAGUUAGUCGGAAUGAGAUGGUCGUACACCAUCCUUGUUGAAUGUUUCAAAAUUGAAAUUUAAAAAUAAUCUAAACAUUUUGAGUUUUAAAAAACAAGGACACAUACAGUUUACUUUAAACAUUUUUGUUGAUGUUUACCAUACAAAUAAUAUAGCAGAAAUAUGAUAAACCAUUUACAGAGUAACACGUAAUACCAGGUACUAUGAUAUUAUUAAUUAACAGUGUCCUUUCAUGAUAUUUAGACCAUUCAGUAAAAUGAUUGAUUGAAUGAAUAUUAUUUAAUGUCCCUUGAGAAUCUUUUACUCAUAUGGAGACGUCACCAUUGCCGGUGAAGGGCUGCAAAAUUUAGUCCUAUGCUUGGCGCAUAUGGCCAUUGAGCAGAAAGGGAUAUUUAUUGUGCCACACCUGCUGUGACAAGGGACCUCGGUUUUUACUGUCUCAUCCGAAGGACUGCCCCAUUUAGUCGCUUCUCACGACAAGUAAGGGGUACUGAGGACCUAUUCUAAUCCAAAUCCAUUCGGUGUGAUAUUUAAUAGUGUUCUUAUAUGAUAUUUGGACCAUUCAGUGUUAUAAAUAAAGCUAUAUAUGCUGUGUUCUUUAGAUAUUACGGUAGGAAUGAAAAAAAGCAUGCGUUUUUAUCAAGCUCUAGACAUUGUAAGUGAUACACUUUAUGCAAAUUAUGCAAUUUAAGUCAAUCGGAUUAAAAAAUAAUCAAGCUAA